AUGAAACAAGUUCAAAUCCAAAAGAGUGAAGGCAAUCCAAGUCAAGAUAGGAAGGACAUCAAGGCAGUCCAAUUUAAACUAGGAAACAAGGAAAGGCAACAGAAAUUAAAAGACGGAAAAGGCAAUCCAAUUCAAGUAAGGAAAGGAGAUCAACUGAAGGUUUCAAUUAGGGUUGCUAUAAAUACAAGGAAAAAGAUCAAAGCACGGUAUAGAAGAGGUAAAAGUGCUCCUCCGCAAGCAGAUUCAUUGUCUACUGUAGCAAGAGAAAGGAUUUCAUACUAUGAACUUCUCCGAGCAACUAAUGUGCUUAGUGAUAGUAAUUUGAUUGGUUCUGGAAGUUUCGGCUCUGUUUACAAAGGUGUUCUCAGAAGUGGAACAACCAUCGCAGUUAAAGUGUUUAACCUGCAACUAGAUGCGGCAUUGAAGAGUUUUGAUACGGAAUGUGAAGUUUUGCGUAGCCUUCGCCAUAGGAAUCUCGUUAAAGUCAUUAAUAGUUGUUCCAAUCUUGAUUGCAAGGAUACAGUGCUCAAGUAUAUGCCUAAUGGAAGUCUUGAGAAGUAUUUGUAUUCGCACAAUUGCUUCCUCGUCAUCAGGCAAAGACUAAGCAUAAUGAUAGAUGUGGCAUGUUCUUUGGAAUAUCUUCACCAUGGGUGCUCAUCACCUGGGAUUUAUUGUGAUCUAAAUCCUAGUAAUGUCUUCUUUGAUGAGGAUAUGGUUACCCACCUAAGCGACUUUGGCAUCUCAAAACUGCUUGGUGAAGAUGAGUUUGAUUUAUACACCAAAACACUAGCAACAUUGGGUUAUAUUGCACCAGUUGCUGCCAAUUACGGUCUCAAAUGGUGCACUAGUAAUGGAUAUACUAAGCUUCACUUGGAACUGGAUUCGCUAAUCAUCGUUGACAUUCUUAGAAAUUUGAAAUAUCACACUGCUUUCGAGAAGCUAAUGGUGUGGCAGACUUGUUUGCUAAACAAGGAUCCUCUAGCGGGAAUAAUACUUUUUAUUCUUCUCCUCAACAACUUCCCAGAGAAGUGCAGGGGCUAUGCCGACUAG